CCGAGCCUGAUCUCGGGAGCUUCGUGUUUUUAUAACGGGUAUUUCUUCAUCUGCAGAAUGAGGGUGUUCAUUCCCUGGAGUAUUGGGAGACCCCCAGCGUCAGCGCUGGAAGUCAUUUCACCUUUAAUUGUGAAGUCGAGGAUGGCUAUUGCUGUGGCUAAGCACCUUCUGUCAAGGGCAAGAGCACAUCUCUCUAAUCCGUCUUUAUUCGAGCACUUUUCAAAUAAUACUUGCCGACUGUAGCAGGUUGUGCAGGGAUUUCACGGUGUCUGCCUGGCUGGAGAUGUUCAGAACCCACCUGGACGUGUCCCUGUGACACCUGCUCUAGGUGACACUGCCUUGGCAGGGGGGUUGGACCAGAGAUCACUUCCAACCCUGACAAUUCUGCUCAACCUCCUCUACCUGGAAGCACUGCAGAAGGGUGAGGAAUGGGAGUUGCAGACAGGACGUAACAGUUCCUCUCUGCUGCUCCUUCUUCCUCACACCCUUCCCCUCUCCGGCAUGGGGGACCUGACAAGAGACACAACAGGAUAGAGUCCUUCAUGAAGUGCUGCAGAAGUGUCCUUCCCACGUGCUGUAGUUGUUCAUGACCUGCUUCAGCAUGAGUCUCCUUCAUGGGCUGUAGGCCUUCAGGAUAAACCUGACCCAGUGUGGACUCCUCUGCACAGGCUGUAGGACCCUUCAGGGCAUCUCCACUUGCUGUGUCAUGGGGUCCUCCAUUAUCUGCAGGUUGAUGUCUGCUCCACUGUAGUUCUUCAUGGCAUAUGGGGGAACAGUGUGCCCCUCACCAUGAUCUCUUUCAAGGGACUCUGCUUUGGCACUUGGAGGACUUCCUCCCCUCCUUCUCCUUUCCUUUUUGUCUGUAGGCCGGUGUCUUUGACAUUUUUUUGCCGCCCUUACUCCUCUGUCUCACCCACUGCUGUGCUGCCUUUCCUGUCCAUUCUAAAGUACCUUUCCCAGAGUCACCACUGUCUUGGCUUAAAGGGCUCAGCUGUGCCCUGGGGUGGAUCCACUGGAGUUUGCUGCACUUAACACUGGGCAGCCCCAGCAUCCUCUCAGAGGCUACCCUGAAACCCCUGGCAAGAGCAACUGGACGCAGAGACUUGUUACACUAAAAUACUGCUGAAACAAGACUUAAAAGCUAGUUUGAAUCAGUUUUUAGAGAUACUUUAAAAUUUUUGUGUAAUCAGUAUCUAUUUUUUAUGUUAUUGAUGAUUAAAUUGCAAUGGUUCUCAGGCUGUUCAUCAGAAUAUGUCACUUAUCCUACAAUUUUAAAACAAUUGCAGAAACUGAAUCUGGGAAUUUAUGCCAUCUGUUUCUACAGUAUUUAGAUCAAAUAUAAAUCUCCAUUUUUUUUUUUUAAUAUAUGCAGGUGGUUAUUCGAAGGCUUCCUCCUUGUCUAACCAAGGAGCAACUGGAGGAGCAGCUGCAUCCUCUACCUGCCCAUGAUUAUUUUGAGUUUUGCACUGCUGAUCCCAGCCUUUAUCCUCAUCUCUACUCAAGAGCAUACAUUAACUUUAGAAAUCCCGAGGACAUCCUUCUUUUUAGAGAUCGCUUUGAUGGCUAUGUCUUCAUUGAUAAUAAAGGUUUGGAAUAUCCUGCAGUGGUUGAGUUUGCUCCAUUCCAGAAGAUUUCAAAAAAAAAGCUGAAGAAGAAAGAUGCCAAAGCUGGGAGCAUUGAAGACGAUCCAGAAUAUAGGAAAUUUUUAGACAAUUAUUGUGCUGAUGAAGAGAAGAUCUGUGCCAAUCCUGAGAUUCUUUUGGGAGAGAUUGAGGCCAAAACAAGGGAACUCAUUGCUAGAAGAACAACACCCCUUUUGGAAUAUAUUAAAAAUAGAAAAUUAGAAAAGCAGAGAAUACGAGAAGAGAAAAGAGAAGAACGAAGGCGGAGAGAAUUGGAGAAGAAACGUUUGCGGGAGGAAGAGAAAAGGAAGCGCAGAGAAGAAGAAAGACGUAAAAGAAAAGAAGUGGAGAAGCAAAAGAAGAUUUCUGAAAAAGAAAUAAGGAUCAAGCUUCUCAAGAAGCCUGAAAAAGGAGAUGAACUGGCCAGUGAAAAGCACAAAGAAAAAGGUGAAGAAGCUGACACUGAGGAAAACAAAUGGGAUAAGUCACCUGGAUCUGGGAGUAUAAAAUGCAAAUCUUUGGAGAGUUCACUAAAAGAACUUAAGGAAAAGUCACAAAAUGAUAGUGACAAAGAGCAAAGAGAUUUGGAGAGAAGAUUUCGAGAAAAAGAACCUGAAAGACAAAGGUAUCGAUUGGAUGAUGGCAGAAAGCAUAGAACUCACUAUGAGUUUGACAAGUUUAUGAGGAGGAGUGAAGAAGAGCUGAAAUGGGGGAAAGGAUACAACCAAGACAAAGGAAAGAAAGGGAACUACAACUACAGCUUCACUGUGGAGGCAGUAGACAAACUGGGUAAAGAGGACAAGUGUGAUGACAUGGCAUCCAAAAAGGAGCGCAUAAGAAAUAAGGAUCGUCCAGCCAUGCAGUUGUACCAGCCAGGAGCUCGCAUCCGAACACAUGUGGGACCUACAAGUAAAACCUAUGACUGCAGUGGGAAAUCCUUUGAAGAUGCUCUUGAUAAAAAGUGUGAGGCAGAUAAUUCAGCCGGAGGUAGUUCUGAAAAGGUCGAAGAAGCAGAAUAAAACAGUCUGGGGGAAAAAGCUUGUGAAAAGGAAUGAAUUUAAGAUUCAGCAUCAUUACAAAAGAUCCAUUGGGCUGUUUCAGAACUCCACAGGCAAUUGAAUCAACAAAAUAAUAAUAGCUCUGCCUCUUACUUUCUGUAGAAUAAAGGGAAGAGUGACUGGAGAUAUAUAAAAUAUCUUACAGCAAAGGAAUAGUGUUCCUUUCUUACAAAAAGCAGCUCAAGUACUCUCUGCCUAAUUUAAGAGCAGUUCAAGUAUUUUACUAGAUUUACAUUGAAAUAGAAGACUCUAACAAUUUUAGGGAAUAUUUAUAUAAGACUUUACAGAAGCUAUAUCAUCUUUUUGAGUCUAAAGAAAUGAAAUGUAAAAUUGCAUCAGUUGGAAAUCUGAGGCACUUUACAUGUACUGGUGCAUGACAUAAGGGUCCACAGGACCCCUUCCUGCAAAUGGCAGGGGCGGGGGUUGCUGCAGGGUGUUGCAGUCAGACUCGGUGGGACCUGCCCUGCCCUGGGACGAAGCUCUGGAGGCAGUGGUGUUUGCAGGAUGAGGCCCACAGUUUGCACAGUUGUGAGGAAUGUCCAGUGGUAUCUGUGCCUCAUGGUGUUUACGUUGGUUUUCAAUUAACCAUAGUGUCAGAUAAGUGUUAGUAAAGCUACAAGUAUGUUGUUGGAGAGUUUGUCAUUUUCUGAGCCACUUUUGCCUUUUAUGUUUUAAUAGAUUCUUUGUGCUUGAAACAGAAGACAACUAAUGCAAACAUCAGCACAUUAAUAAUAAAUCUGGUUUUAAUUAAUUAGCUGGUUUUUGUUGUUCUGACACUGACUUUUGGACAAAAAAACAGUGGUUGUACAGUGAUGACUUUUUAUAUGCUAAUGUUUCAUAUAAGUUGCAGUAACAGGAUUUGGAAAAUGUAAGAUACAUGAACAUUCUGCAGUUUUAUUUGUUAAAAAAUUAAACUCACAUGAAUGUUAAUUGCAAACUACCAUUUUGUAAGAUCUAGGCCAAAUUCUGCCCUCUAAGGCAGGCACGUGUGUAUGUGUGUGUGUGUGUGUGUGUGUGUG